AUGGCGAAAAUGGAGACCGAAGCCCGAGCUCUUCCCCAUACCGGAGCAAAAAUAAUAUGGAAUUCCAGCUGGGAUGUCAAAGUCCUCCUCCUUCUCCGCAUGAUCAGACUGGUCGGUUAUGGAGGCACAACUUUUGUCCUGGCCUUGUACCUCAAUGCUCUGGGCUUUUCCGAUCCUGAGGUCGGAGUUUUCAUGACUUCGACGCUUCUUGGAACCCUCAUCAUAGGUGUUGCCCUAACUUAUGUCGGCGAUGGCCUCGGAGUCCGAUCGACGGCCAUUGUAGGCGGACUCCUCAUGUGUGCUAGCGGAGUCGCAUUUGCGUGGUUGGAUAACUUCUGGCUUCUCCUGCUUGCCAGCAUCGCUGGCGUCAUCAGUCCUAGUGCCAAUGAGAUUGAUCCCUUCAAACCCGUCGAAGAAGCAGCCCUCGCACGCUUAAGUAGCCUGGAGAGUCGCAAUGCGGUCUUCGCCUGGUGGACUAUGCUCGGAAUGCUCGGGACGGCGGGAAGCAACCUCCUCGCGGGCUGGAUCAUCGACGCAUCACAAACAUGGGGAUAUCAGCCCAUUGACUCCUAUCGCAUCAUCUUUCUCGGAUACUCCUGUAUCGGCGUGGUCAAGCUCCUUUGCUGUGCCUUACUCAGUCGAGAAGCCGAGCUGGCGACGAGUGACCGAGAAGCCACGAGCUUUCCGUCCGAGUCGGAUGCAGAAGCAGAAGCAGAGAGGGAGCCGCUGUUGGGACGGUCGUCAGGAUCGAGAGGACACGCCAGCGUGGCAGCAGGCACACAUCCUUCCAAACCCCURGCGGCUGUGAGAAAGAGGUCGCCUGUGUUCAGUCCUACGUCCUUCACAUUCAUGUGGCAACUGUCGUUGGCCCUGGCCUUUGACUUCAUCGGCUCGGGUCUGGCACAGAUGUCGUGGAUGACCUACUUCUUCAAGCGCGAGUAUGAUGUGAAGGAAUCUGCAAUGGGAUCCGCUACCUUCAUCGCUGGAAUUGCCUCGUCAAUACUCAAUCUGGCGUCUUCAUCGUUGUCAGACUCCAUCGGACAGGUCCAGACCAUGGUGCUUUGCCAUUCCCUCAACGCCAUUUCUCUCCUGAUGAUCUCCGUGCCCGGCAACAAAUAUGUAGCACUCGCCCUCUUCAUCUUCCGCAUUGUCACGCGCGAGGUAGACAACGCCCCUCGACAGUCUUUCAUUUCCGCCGGUGUUCUGGACAGUGAGCGCACAGCGGCCAUGGGCGUCGUCAAUAUCGUCAAGACUAUUGGCAGCUGCAUUGGUUUGUAUUCGACGGGCAUUUUCGCGGGUUGCGAUCUUUUCUGGCUUGCCUUUAUUGUCGCCGGAGCAUUGAAGUUGGUUUACAAUCUUCUGAUCAUUGUCUUCUUUUGGAGAAAAGCUAGGUGA